AUGGCAAUAAGUGCAAUUGCGUGCACGCGAGAUGAUUGCAAUGCUCUUCAAGAAGAACAUCUUCUGAUCUGGAGAACGGGACUGGAGGACCCAAUCUGCGAGAAGAAGAGAUUUCUUCCCCCACAUCGUGAUCUUGUUGCUCUGGUUAGUUUUCCAGGAUCUGGGAACACUUGGUUGCGACAUCUUCUUGAACAAGCCACUGGUAUAUACACGGGUAGCGUGUACACGGACAAAGAUAUGUACAAUAAAGGCUUCCUUGGCGAGAUGGAAGACGGUAAGAGCGGGCGCACACUUUUGGUUAAAGAUCAUAUAUACACGGACAAACGUAUCUCACUCUUUGAUUACUCAUCGAUAAUUUUGUUGGUUCGAAAUCCGUUCAAAGCUUUGGUUGCAGAGUUUAACCGAAGGAAAUCGCAAAACCAUGUCGGGUUUGCAAAACCGGAGGAUUUUAGGUCGCCAGACUGGUCAAGCUAUACCACUACAAUGGCGGGCGAAUGGCUGAGCACAAUCGCUGAAGUUUUUCGAAGCGGAAUACCAGUACGGAUGGUGUAUUACGAAGAUUUGCUCAGUCACACGCACGAAGAAAUCGAAAAGCUGUUAAAGCAUAUACCUCAAGCACACGACGCUUUUCAGACGAGAAAACAUUGUCUUGAUAGAAACCAGAUGGGAGAAUACAAAAGACCUGACCGUGUGGAAACGACGUUUUUCUCAGCUGCACUGAUCAAUUACAUUAACUACCAGGUAAAACGGGCGAGGACAAUUCUACUGAAGAAUGAUUGCGUGACGUGUAAGGGGAUUCCCCUAUACGAGGAAGAGUCGAGCGACAGAGAAGCAACUUUAGGGGGAAUGGACGACUCUAGGUCUGUAGGCAACGCAGUUAUUGGGGCUUUGAAAGUACAUGCGGAGAACUAA